AUGGUGUUCAUAAAUAACUCAUCACUUUUGUUCAACUCAAUAGAUGAUUCUUUAUUUAAGAGAAUACCAAAUCCAAACCAAUCACAACCAUCAAUUAUUACAAAUAGUCCAGAAAAAGUAUUAAUAAUUGAAAGUUAUCCAAUGGUGUCGAGAAUUUGGGAAAAUUUAAAUUAUUCAGGUUAUUUAAAGUUUAGAUCAUAUAUUGUUAAUAAGAAAUCAAAAAAAUAUAUUUCAAUUCUCCUAUUAUUUUUAGUGGGUCCAUUUUUUCCUUAUUAUAAUAUUAAUUAUUUCGAUUUCUAUGAAAAUCAAUUUAAUAUUUCAACACCACUAAAAUCAAAUUUAGAUCAAUUAAAUUCAAUUUUGCCGAUCCAAAAUAACCCACAACCAUUGGAUGGUUUUAUAUCAUCAUAUGAUCAAUGCAUGAAAGAUAGAGAAUUAGUAUUCUCCACUUACACUCCAAGUACAUCAUGGAUUAGCCGGGUAUCAACAAACAAUAAUUUACAACUAUCGGAUGGUUUUAUUUAA